GUUAGGUAUGCUGUUCUGCAGUUACGUACAAAACUGAGUUAUUCCCUCGGUUACACCGGAAUGAAAGUGAAAGAGGAAUCAACAGAAAGUUUGUUAGAUAGCAAACUAUAUGUAUAGACUAUAUAUGUUCAUAUUACUAGCUAGGUUAGCUAGUUAGAAUCAUCAAGGUGUGUUUGUUGUUGUUUUGUUUUUAUCAUGGACCGUACCGACGGCGUCAAUGGUGACCCUAUUUCAACUUCCAGCUUCGGGGAACGAAUCUCAUUCUGGAGAAAUAUUUGCGGUUUUUGGCUCCUGGGACUGUGUAACAACUUUGCGUAUGUUGUCAUGUUGAGUGCAGCCCAUGAUAUCCUGAAACAGCAGGAGACGCAGAACACCACGUCACCCACUCCAACCACAGCGUUCCCUGAAGCAUUAGGAGGAAACAGCAGCAACAGCAGUCGCUACGACUGUAACCCUGUUUCUACUGCGGCUGUGCUGCUUGCUGACAUUCUGCCCACUCUCCUCAUCAAAGUAGCUGCUCCAUUCUUCAUCCACAAAUUCCCAUAUGGGUUCCGUGUGUUGCUGUGUGUGGCCACGGCAACGGCCAGUUUCCUGUUGGUGUCAUUCUCUUCCGCCGUGGGGAUGAGUAUUCUGGGGGUCAUCUUUGCCAGUAUUAGCGCUGGAUUGGGAGAGCUGUCUUUCCUGUCUCUCACAGUGUUUUUCAAUAGGACAGUGGUGGGCGGCUGGGGGUCCGGAACAGGUGGAGCCGGGGUUGCAGGGGCAUUACUGUACUCGGCUCUCACACAAGCAGGCCUGUCCCCCCGGGUUACACUGCUGGUUAUGCUAGUUGUACCGGCUGCCAUGGCGGUCAGCUACUUUUUCCUUCUGGUGUUCCCUCCCUCUUUCCCACAAUGGCAUUGUAACGAGGGGGGGGAGGAGCUGUCGUGGGACAGAGGCCCCCAGGAGAGACGUCCUCUGAUAAUGGAUGAAGAGGAAGAAGAGGAGAAGGGUGAAACACACGCUGGAGCUCUGACCUGCAAAGAAAAACUCGUCAUUCUCAGAGGUCUGCUGAAGUUUAUCAUUCCUUUGGCCAUUGUUUACUUUGCAGAGUAUUUCAUCAAUCAGGGCCUGUUAGAGCUGCUGUUUUUCCCAGGGUACUCCCUCUCCCAUGCAGAGCAGUAUCGCUGGUACCAGACGGUGUAUCAGAUCGGAGUGUUUGUCUCUCGCUCUUCCCUCUUCUGUCUGAAGAUCAGGAAAGUGUGGAUACUUUCUGCACUGCAGUGUGUGAAUGCUCUGCUGCUGUUUUUCUCUGUGUAUUACCAGUUCCUGCCCAAUGCACCUGUUGUUUUUGCAAUAGUUACAUAUGAGGGGUUGCUUGGAGGUGCUGCCUAUGUCAACACCUUCUACUUCAUCAGCAAGGAGACUGAAAACAGGGAGAGGGAGUUUGCCAUGGCAGCCGCCAGCGUGGGAGACAGUUUCGGCAUCGCACUCUCCGGCCUGACCGCCAUCCCCCUCCAUAACUAUUUCUGCUCUCUGUGAGGGAGAGGGGCUGGCGACAGGGAGGGGUGGGGCAACAGGGGUGGGUUCGUCUUUCCUACUCCAGGCACCACCUCCUUUGAUCCAGAAAUAAGACGGUACCAUAGUGCCUUUCAAAUAAUGCGUUUCUAUUGAAAUUCCUGCUUUUACUUUAUGGCUCCAUUCCAUGUCGAGAAAAUUUUAACUGCUAUG